UGGGAUAAGGCUAGAAUACCUACACGGUCAGUACCUAACUGUGUUAAAAAGCUUGUAGACCUUUACCAAGUUUGGCGUGAUUUACAAAAAAAUUGUAAGAAAAGCAAUGACAUUCAUAAACGCCGGGAGCACGAUUUUAAAGACAAGUUGGACAAUUUAUUUGAUAUCGCACAUGCUGACGCUCUGCAAAUGAUAAAGAUUGAAGAAGAUAGAGUAUUUUUACAGCAACAGAGAGAACCGGGGCGUCAGGGUAGUCUAGCAGGAAUUGACCAAAAAUUGGCAGAAAAGGAAGAGCGAGCCCGGCAACGGAAAAUAGACGAAGAGAAAAGAAGAUUAAAAAACACAUCUAUCGCAGAACCUUCGCCGCCAUAUGAUUAUUCGCUGGUUCACAGCCCUACGUCUUCCAUUCAUGGUUUAUCCGAUCGUUCUCUAGAUGAACCCGUAUUGACAUUACCUGUUACUCCCCAAGUCACCGUUGUUAAAAGGGGCCGAAAGGACUUUAUUUCACCUAAGUUAGUAGCAGCCUUAGAUAGAUGUCAACUAAGCACAAGAAAUUCCGUUUACGUCAUUCAGGCUACAAUUGAAGCAUUGGAUCUAAAUAUCGAUGACUACCCCGUAAAUAAAUCUUCGAUACAACGAAUUCGAACGCAGACACGAAAAAUUAGGGCUGAGGGAAUAAAAACUGAUUUCCAAAACAAUGUUCCUUAAAUUGCUACUAUUCACUGGGAUGGCAAAUUACUACCUGCCACAGAUGUACGAAGUUCAAAAGAGGAACGACUGCCGAUCGUGAUCACGUACGAAGACAAAGAACAACUUCUUGCUGUGCCCAAGAUAGACAGUUCAUCAGGAAAAGAACAAGCUCAAGCCGUUUUACAAGCCCUUCAAAAUUGGGAUCUUAAUGACAAAAUACAGAUUAUGUGCUGCGAUACCACGGCUUCAAAUACUGGUCGCUACAAUGGUGCGUGUUCAAUACUAGAACAAAAAAUGGAAAGAGAGCUAUUACUGUUUGCCUGUCGCCACCAUGUCUACGAACUCGUUCUGAAAAGUAUAUUUGAAGCUAAAAUACCACAAGUCACCCGUAGCCCUGAUAUUCCACUUUUUAAAAAGUUUAAAGAUAACUGGAAAAAUGUUAAUCCAAGUGUCUUUGAAACCUGUCCAGAUUUUGUGAAAAAACACGUCAACGAUGCAGUCCGCAGUGAACUCCUUGGAUUUUAUUGGAAAGAGUUAAAGAAAAAUACUGUGCGAGAUGACUAUCGCGAACUCAUUGAACUGUCGGUAAUAUAUUUGGGUGGCGAUAGCGAAAACAAAUUAAAAAUUAAGCCACCUGGUGCGAUGCACCAAGCUCGGUGGAUGGCAAGAGCGAUUUACGCUAUAAAAAUGUUUUUGCUAAAAGACCAAAUAAAAAUUAGUGCAAAGGACAAGCGAGCAUUGCAAGAUGUUUCUCUAUUUAUAGCGACUUCAUAUGUCAAACCAUGGCUUCAGUGCAAUAUGGCUGUGAAGGCUCCUAAUCAGGGCUUGUGUUUUCUAAAAACAUUGAAGAGGUAUGAAGCGAUUGACAAAGUGAUCUCGAAAGCAGCUUUAGAUAAGUUCUGCAAACACUUGUGGUAUUUGACGGAUGAGGUUGCCAUUUUAGCAAUUUUCGAUGAUGAACUAGACGAUGAAGUGAAAAUACGGAUGAUUUCUAAACUAGAGUAUGAUAACGAGAAGCCGUGCCAUCUGGAAAAGAGAUAUGUUCCAUCUAAACAAGAAAUCGCAAACACUUUAUUUACUAAAUGUUUGGAUGAUUUCGUGUCUACAAAGAGCAAACAUUUGUUUACACGCUUGAAAAUUGACACAAGCUUCUUGAGUGUUCCUGUUUUAAUGUGGAGCCAAAAUGAUGCUUACUUGAAUGCUAAAUCUAAAAUUUCGACUCUUCGAGCAGUUAAUGAUACAGCAGAAAGGGCAGUUAAGCUGAUGCAAGACUUUCACGGAUUAAUAACGGCGGACGAAGAGCAGAAACAGUUCCUAUUACGUUGUGUUCAAGAGCACAGAAAGCUUUAUCCUGAUUGUAAAAAAGCUACUCUGCGAAAAAUGUAUCCCAAAUAUCAUUUCUAA